UGUCAUCAUUUGGUUUUCUUGGUUAACUUUUCUUUUUAAUCGGUUACCUGAUUAAUUAAUUUCUUUUCUUCGUUUAAAUUAUCUAAUUGUUACAAUUAAUCCAAUUAGUCAAAUUGGAUCAUCUUGACACAUCAUCUUUGUCUUUAUAACGUUGUGAUUACGUUUUUAGUUUUUAGUUUUUAUUUUUUGCUUUUGUUUGAUUAGUCAAUAUAAAGCGAGAGCUUGUGUAUGUGUUUUUUAAUUGUCUCUGGUUAAUUACUGUUAAUUUGAUUGUUCAAUUUUCUUUGAUUUUCUCUUUCUCUUCAUAUUCCAUUACAAUUGAAGAUCGUUUUUGUAUGUUCAUCUUUGUGCAAUGAAUUUUCCUUCGAUUUCCAUGAUAAUCUCUGGGCUUUUCAUCGCCUGGAUAUUUCAUUCCAUGUAUUCUUUGUAUCAAAUCUGUAUCAUCCGACCCUGUGAUCCUGGUUCUUCAUCAUGUCUUCGUCCAAUGUGGAAAGAAAAUGAUGUUUUUUCGCUAUUUUUAUGUACCUCGAUCUCUGGUCAUCCACUUUCAUUCCCACUGAAGACAAUUUAUAAGAAUGACAGAUAUGAUCCGAACAAUUUGUCUAAACUAGAUUUUAAUAUUACUCUAGAAGAUAAAGUUCUCAACAAUGGAACCUUAUUUUUACACGUUUUCCUUACCAAGUCUCGUUCUCAUAGAGAAGUAAACAAUGAAUUGAUUGCCAGUAAAUUAACAGCCCACACCUCAGGAUUACUUACACAUUACAUUGGUAAAAGAGCAGAAUCUUAUAAACUACUGGAAGGACAAAAGGCCAAAAAAAGUCAAAACAAGUUCAUCGGACGACCAGUAACUCAUUGGAAGCCUAAGAUAAUCAUCGACAUGGUCACUCAUCCCCAAACAGUCCCAAUUAACGCACUCACAGAAGAAAUGGCUCCUCUCAUAAAAGUAAACAAGAAUCGACAAUAUUUACCUGUUCUUUAUAUUAGUCCCAAUCGUCACCGAGUUAAAGAGCUUAUUCCUGUUGAGCGUGACAAUCCAGUCUUACCUCUUGAAGUUCAAUUUGAGAAGACAUCAAUUGGAAAACUUCGGUUCAUUCUUAAAGUUGAAUCUUCUUUUGACACUAUGCCCGAAUUAGGAUUCAGUGAAUAUGACACGGAUGAUGUGAAAGGAAUACUCUUCGAUACGAGUCUCUUUUUACUCUUGGUAACCGUUUUCGUCUCUUGUUUCCAUCUUCUUUUUGAUUUCUUGGCCUUUAAAAAUGAUGUACAAUUCUGGCGACAUCGCAACUCAAUGGCUGGGCUAUCAUUCAGUAGUCUCCUUUGGCGUUGUGUCUCUCAAAUAAUAAUAACCCUUUACCUUCACGAUCAACAGACCAGUUUAAUUGUUGUAAUUCCAGCAGAUAUUGGUGCAGUAAUUGAACUGUGGAAGUUAAAGAAAGCUCUGAAAAUUGAAUUACAUGGUUUCAGAAUUAAAAUGAGCCCUCGAUCAAAAGAGGAAAGAGCAACCGAUGAAUAUGAUACUAAAGCGAUGAAAUAUCUUUCAAUUUUCGUUCUUUAUCCUUUGGUUACCAUUGGUGCAAUUUACUCUCUCCUUUACACUGAACAUAAAUCAUGGUAUUCAUGGUUUAUUCAAAGUGCUGCCAAUGGUGUUUAUGUUUUUGGUUUUCUUUUCAUGUUACCUCAAUUGUUCAUCAAUUAUAAACUAAAAUCAGUUGCUCAUCUACCAUGGAAGGCAUUUAUGUACAAAGCAUUUAAUACAUUCAUUGACGAUCUCUUUGCAUUCAUUUUAACAUCAAUUCCAACUGCUCACCGAGUUGCAGCCUUCCGAGACGAUAUUGUCUUCCUAAUUUACUUAUAUCAAAGAUGGUUAUAUCCCGUUGAUAGAAAUCGUAUUUCUGAAGAUGCACCAGUUAUUAAGGAUCAACACGAAAAAGAUGAUUAAUUAAAACUAGUCAUAUGAAAUUGGAAUUGUAGUUAAAUUAAAAGAAAUUGAUAAUUUUUUCUAACAAUCCAAA